UCGUCAUGGCACUAGAUGCGCUGGCGAGGUGGCCGCAGUGGCCAACAACAGCGUUUGCGGGUUAGGGAUUGCACACCGCGCUCGUAUCGGCGGCGUCCGCAUGCUUGACGGAGAUGUGACUGACGCCAUGGAGUCUCGCUCACUUGGCCACCGGAUGGGCUAUAUCGAUGUAUACUCUGCCUCCUGGGGGCCCGAAGAUGAUGGAAAGACUGUAGACGGUCCUGGACGACUAGCCCAGCGAGCCUUCCAUGAAGGUGUGCAAAAGGUAAGGCUCACGAACCUGAAGAACAGCCUUCAGAGGAAAUGGGAAUUUUUCUAG